AUGGAGGACGAGAAGAGGACCGUCCUGAAGCUUCUGUUUUGCGAGAGUGUGAAGCGGCGAUCCGUCGUCUCCAUUGUUGGGAUGGGAGGCCUUGGGAAGACUACCCUUGCGAAGAAAGUCUACAAGGAGCCCCAGAUUACAUGCCACUUCGAUUUCUCUGCCUGGAUCGAUGUGUUCCAGCAGUACAACGACAAGGAGCUUCUUGUGGACUUGGUACAUCAGGUCUCGGGGCUUGGAAGACGGAACUUGAGGGGGAUGGGGAUGGAGGAGCUGGGGGAGAAGCUGGACCAGUCACUAAAGGCGAAGACAUAUUUGGUCGUCAUGGAUGAUGUGUGGGACAACGAGGUUUGGAGAAUUGUUGGCCCGCAUCUCCCAGAUGUUGGGAACGGAAGCAGGGUGCUGAUCACAACCCGCUCCCUUGACGUCGCUGGAUCUGCUGACCCUCUACCCCACCCCACGAGCUGCGGUUCCUGAACGAGGAAGAGAGCUGGGAGCUCUUCUUGAAGAAGGCAUUCCCAUAUGAAGAUGCCGGAAGAGUCUGCUCGGUGAAUCUUGAGCAGAUCGGAAAGCAGAUGGCCGGGAAAUGUGGGGGCUCGCCCCUGGCGCUGCUGGUGCUUGGCGGUCUGCUUUCGAAGCAGGAGAGGUCAGUCAUCGUAUGGAAUAGGAUAGCGGAGACCAUCAUCUGGCAGCACGACGAGGAAGGCCAACUAUGCAUGAAAAUCCUGGCGCUGAGCUACGCGGACUUGCCUCGCCACCUCAAGUGGUCCUUCCUCUAUUUCGGCGUCUUGCCUCAGGACUUCGAGAUCGAGGUGCAGAAGCUGAUCAGACUGUGGAUCGCGGAGGGUUUCGUUGAGGACAGAGAGGAUGCAACGUUGGAGGAAUCAGCAGAGCAGUACCUGGAGGAGCUCGUCCAGAGGUGCCUAGUUCAUGUUGUGGUAUCGUCAGACACCGGCUCUAAAAAAUGCCGCAUCCAUGAUCUCCUCCGCGAGUUUUCAAUUUCAGAGGCCAAGGAGAUCAGCUUCUUCAACUGCCACAGGAACGUGCAGGACUCCGGCCUUCAGUAUUCCCCACUCCGUCGCCUGUCCCUUCACCAGGGAGCAGGCAAGUACGUCUCCCAGCGCCAUUCCACACCGAGACUGCGGACCUUGCUGGGUUUCAACUUUGAAUGGUCGCCCGUGGAUUUCUCUUUGAGCGGGCUGAAAAUGAUCAGAGUGAUCGACUUGGAAGGGGCGCCAAUCAGGGCAUUGCCGAAGUAA